ACAGCAAAGAAUAUAGAUAUAGACGCUUAAGCGUCUAUAUUCUUUGGUCACAGUAAAGUACAAUUUGUUUGGGAAGUUGCUUAAUUAUUUUUUAAGUCGCAAAAAUGGAUGUAGAAGAACUGUUGGAUUAUAAGCCUCCUCAAGCUCUAAAAAGACCAGUACAUGUUGAUGAGGAUGACGAUGAGGCCGAAAGAACCAGAAAAAUGAGAAGAAUAGCCAGAGCUAAAGCUAGUAGAAUGGCUAGACCUAUAUCUCCUACACCAUCAACACAACCUUUGGAUCACAUAAGUGAAGAAGAGAGAGCAGAAAUUCUUAAGUUUGUUGAAACAGAACAAACUCAGGGUGAAAUUAUUGAUGAAACAGCUCUGAAGAAGAUUGUACUAAAUUUUGAAAAGAGAAGCUUAAAAAACAGAGAGAUGAGGAUUAAAUUUCCAGAUUCUCCUGAGAAGUUUUUGGAAAGUGAAGUAGAAUUGCAUGAAAUUCUUCAAGAAAUGCGAAUAUUGGCAACUGCACCUGAUUAUUAUCCAUUGUUAGUCAAACUUCAAGUUAUACCCAGUUUACUGGAAUUGCUGUCCCAUGACAAUACAGAUAUAGCUGUUGCCACCGUAGAACUCCUCCAAGAACUUACUGAUGUGGAUAGUCUCAAUGAGUCAGAAGAAGGUACGGAGGCUUUAAUAGAAUCUUUACUAGAUCAUCAAAUCAUUGCCUUAUUAGUUCAAAAUUUAGAACGUCUUGAUGAAACUGUAAAAGAAGAAGCAGAUGGUGUUCAUAAUACGUUAUCUAUAAUUGAAAAUUUGACUGAAUUGAGCUCAGAAAUAAUAAACGAAGCCACAAAACAGGGACUUUUAGCUUGGUUACUGAAAAGGCUGAAAUUGAAGUCUCCUUUUGAUCCCAAUAAGCUCUAUGUUUGUGAAAUUUUAUCUAUAUUAUUACAAAAUAACGAAAAAAAUAGAUUAGCAUUGGGAGACAUGGACGGAAUUGAUACUUUAUUGCAACAACUGGCCUUUUAUAAAAGACACGAUCCUACCAGUUCUGAAGAGCAUGAACUAAUGGAAAACUUAUUUGACUGUUUAUGUAGUGCAUUGAUGGUAUUUCCAAAUAGAGAACGAUUUUUAAAAGGGGAAGGCUUACAGCUAAUGAAUCUGAUGUUAAGAGAAAAGAAGACCUCCAGAAAUGGCUCCCUAAAAGUAUUAGAUUACGCUAUGUCAGGACCUCAAGGUAAAGACAACUGUAAUAAAUUUGUAGAUAUUCUUGGUCUCCGUACUAUCUUUCCAUUAUUCAUGAAGACACCUAAGAAGAACAGAAGAAAAGUAUUGUCUACUGAAGAACACGAAGAGCAUGUGUGUUCUAUAAUAGCUUCGAUGUUGAGAAACUGCAGGGGCUCCCAAAGACAAAGAUUAGUAAGUAAAUUUACAGAAAACGACCACGAGAAAGUAGACCGGUUACUUGAAUUACAUUUCAAGUAUUUGGAAAAAAUUGAAGCUAUUGACGACACUAUCGAAGACGACAAGGAAGAAGAAGAUGCAGUUUAUUUAAAAAGACUUGAAGGUGGUUUGUUUACCCUUCAGCUAGUAGACUACAUAAUUGUAGAAGUAUGUGCAGCGGGACCUGGAAGCAUAAAGCACAGGGUCAUGCAAAUUUUGAAUCUUCGCGGUGCCUCAUUGAAAACCAUUAGACAUAUCAUGAGGGAAUAUGCUGGUAAUUUAGGAGAGGAGGGCGAUAAAGAAUGGAAAGAUCAAGAACAACAACAUAUUUUGAACUUAGUAGAUAAGUUUUAAUGUAAUGUCUUAGGUUUGUAAUAAUUUAGAAAAAAAUUAAAUAUUUAUAAUU